GGAGGGGUGCAGGGGGAGUGGCCUCAGAGAGGCUUUCAUCCACCAGCUCCAGGCCCGAGCUUAUGCAGCUGACCAGCCUUUGGGAAGAGGAAUGCAGAACAGUGAAGACGUAGAGAGGCUGGUGGGAGCGCUCUCUAAGGCCGGCUGCAGUCGGACACUAAGGCAGAGAGAUGGACCGGCUGGAAAGAAGUGGCCUCUGGGGCAAGAAGAAACCCAGGCUGGAAGAAGAGAAAGCAAGCAGCGAGCUCCAACAAAUCCUGCCCAGUGAUGCCCGGGGGGACCCGAGGCAACAGCGCAAGGGCCGUCCUCCCAAGCUGGCACAGUGGCUCACAGGGUUUUCGGGACGAUUCCUCAGAAACAAAAGACCCCACGAUGUUUUUCAUCUGACAGAAAAUUCCAAAGGCUUCCUGGAGUUGGUCCAAGAUGGGUGGUUCCUGGAGGCCUGCCAGAGCAUCUCCAGGUUGGAGGAGGAAGGGCAGAACUGCGGCGCCCAGUAUGAGGCUGUGGCCCGGAGCAUGUGGCAGGUUGUCCAGCAGGCUCUGGAUGGCACCGGGCCCAGCCAGGAGCUGGAGCAGAAGCUCCGGGCGGUGCUGGCCACUGUGGAGUGGACACAGGACCAGCCCGAAAGGCGGAAGGCCAGUGCCCCCCAGGACGGCGGAGUGGCCACCUGGGCUGGUCAGCUGAAUAAGCUACUGAGAAAUGAUGCUGAGACCCAAGUGCCCACCCUGGGCCCCAAGGACCAGCUGGACCUGUACCUGGAGAAGCUAGACAAGGCAGUGAGACAGGGCCUGGGGUCCCCGCGGGCGAGCCGGUUGGGGACCUGCCUCUGGGAGGUCUACAGGAUGUACUUCCACGAGGUUCUCCUCGGCCGCCUCUCCGAGCUCACUCAGUCCUGCGGUGCCGACUUGAAAAGCUGUCAGGUCCUGUACACCUGGGGCAAGACCAACUUGUUCGAGCAGCCUGGCAGGGAGACACUUGCAAAAGCGUCCCGGACCUCCUGGGAGCCAGUGGUUGGGCACCUCCUGGACCCCCUGAUGUUUGUUACUUGGAUGUCCCAAAUGCAGCAGAUGCUGGUAGGGCUGAUCCAGGAAGAGUUGAGAAAGCAUCUAGACAGAGUCCUGUUCUACGAUCUGAAAAAGUGGGCCCAGUGUUCCCACCCAACGUUUCUCGACGUUUUCCAGCUGCUGGAAGAAGGCAUGAAUGCAGCACAACCCAUGGGACUACCUAUCAGUAGCCAGGUGCAAGGGAUGGUUCUGGAAACAUUUUCAGACUUUCUGAAAAGCUACCAGCAGAAGGCUGUCGGCUUCAUCCAGCAGAACGCGGUCGCUGGGGCCUUCCCGGAGCUGCACGUGCUGGCAAACUGCUGCAUCCUCAGGGAAACGUGGCAGGAGCUGACCCAGAAACGCGAUCCGCUGGUGGACCUGGGCCCCUGUGUGCAAGGGACCAUCCAUGACAUUGAGGACCACAGCCGGGAUCACCUCCUGCCUAGAGUCAGAGCCUUGUGCCAGAGUCUGCUGAGGGACCACUUCGGGCAGAAGAACAAGGGUCUGGUUGGAGCUCUGCAGUUCCCGUGGCAGGGCCUGGAGGGCUGCCCCACCGUGCACUCCACUGCCACGUACGAGAGAACCAUGCGACGUUUGCACAUGGUGGUCUUUGGUGAGUAUGUCGUUGCCCUGGCCACCCACCUCAAGAUGCUGGAGCCCAGGAGGUGGGAGGGCCUGCAACAUCAGGUGCAGACAGACACCAGGGCUCUGCACAACAUCUUCACGAAGCACAGGGACCUCAGCUUGGCCCACCCGAAGGAGCCCAUCAUGGAGAUCUUCCAGUCCACUGAGAACAAGAACAAGGAGACCGUGGAUGACUGGCUGGCCUCCUUCCGGGACAGAUUCCCGGGUUACGUGAGCACACAGGACCAGCCACGCAGCUCUGUGGACUUGGAGGAGAUCAAGGUUUAUAGAAGGUCCUGCUGCCGCUGCUGCUGAUAUCCCCAGCUCAGACAAGUAAAAUCCGUUGUGGCCCAUCUUGCACUUUGAAUGGCUCUUCUACCCAUAUGUGAAUUUGUGACAUCGAGUGUUUGUCACCUGGCAAACACCAGUCCACGGAGUGACACGGAUCCAGGUGUUGGCACGUUUUAUCAUACCCUAUCCAAAAAGCACCAUUGUGGAUGCUGCCAUCAAUUUCAUCAGAAGAGUCUGUAGCAGUUGGGAAUCCCAGGCUCACAUUGGAAGACACAAGUUUUCCAGAAUCCUGAUUUUUGCUUUGAGGUCUCAAAUUUUUAUCAUUGGCAACAAAUACUGUCUGUUGUUUACUCUGAAGCAGCCAGCCCACAUCCUCCAUUCUCAAGAAAAUGCCGUCAACAACUGAACAGUCUGUCCAUUGGUCGUUCUUUCAAGUAAAAAUGGUUUUCCAGGGGCACCUGGGGUGGCUCAGUGGGUGAAGCAUCUUGCCUUUGGCUCAGGUCAUGAUCCUGGGGCCCUGGGAUUGAGCCCCGUGUCCAGCUACCUACUCAGUGGGGAGUCUGAUUCUCUCUAUCCCUGCCCCUGCUCAUGCUCUCUCUCUCAAAUAAAUAAAAUCUUAAAACAAAACAAAACAAAACAAAACAGGGGCACCUGGGUGGCUCAGUGGGUUCAACUUCUGCCUUCAGCUCAGGUCAUGAUCUCAGGGUCCUGGGAUUGCAGGGAGCCUGUUUCCCUUUCUCUCUCUGCCUGCCUCUCUGCCUACUUGUGAUCUCUGUCAAAUAAAUAAAUAAAAUCUUAAAAAAAAAAAAACAAAGAAAACAAACAAACAAAAAACCCCAAACGGUGUUGUGUCGAAUAAGUGGCUAGUUUAGCUUGUAACUCAAACAGUGGGCUCCACAGGUACUUUUGCUCAGGGCAGCCACUGCCUUUCAUGGGGCAGUAGAAGGGCUAGCGAUGAACCGUGCAUUUCUUCAUGGAGAAUAUUAAACAUUUGUGUACUCAGGGUUGAGAUUUAAUAAAAGUAACUAUUUUAUCCUUUUAUCAACACAUUUUAUUUUAUUAUUUUUAAAAAUAAGACAAAUUUUAUUUUUGUUUUUAAAGAUUUUAUUUAUUUGAUAGAAAGAGACAGCACGAGAGGAAACACAAGCAGGGGGAGUGGGAAAGGGAGAAUCAGGCUUCCUGCUGAGUAGGGAGCCUGAUGCAGGACUUGAUCCCAGGACCCUGGGAUCAUGACCCAAGCCGAAGGCAGACGCCUAACUACUGAGCCACCCGGGUGCCCCUGUCAGUAACUUUUAAAGUGAAAAUGGACUUUUUUUUCCUGUGAGUGCAUGAUGGUGAGGGGUACUAGAAUUUGCUGUCCCCGCCUUGGCACGGGCCAAGGUUCCAGCAGCUUUAUCCACUGUGGCUUUUGGACCAUGGGUACAAUUGUCUGCGCUGCAAGAAGGGUAAACAAUGCUUUAGUAUAGUGGAAAGAGUUUUGACCUCACAGGUCCCCUGAAGGAUCUCAGGACCCUAGGGUUCCAUGGAAUGUAUUUUGAGAACCACUGGUCUGGCUGCACCGGGCUCUUCCUCUGCCCACGUGCUUGCUGGAGGUUGACUCAUCUGAAAUUACUGAAGUUUGAACAUGUUUCCCCCCAAUAAAAAUGACAAAUUCGUACAGUUCAAA